AUGAGUUCCCAAGCUGCUCAUCCUGCUUUGAUGAUUCCCGGACCCAUCGAGUUCGACGAUGCCGUGCUCCAGUCCAUGGCUCACUACAGCGAGUCCCACGUUGGUCCUGGCUUUGUCUCGACCUUUGGUGAUACUCUCUCCAUGCUGAGGAAGCUCUUCCGGACCACCAAUCCUGCUUCACAGCCUUUCGUCAUCAAUGGCUCUGGUACUCUGGGCUGGGACAUGGUCGCUGUCAACUUGGUUGAGCCUGGUGAGAAUGCUCUGGUCCUGAGCACCGGCUACUUCGGAGACGGAUUCGCCGACUGCCUCACUGCCUAUGGCGCCAAUGUAACCAAGAUUACCGGGCCUGUGGGCAGCCGACCUCAGCCUGAUGAGAUUGAGAAGGCCCUCAAGCAAAAAAAGUACAAGAUCAUCACUGCCACCCACGUUGAUACCUCGACUGGUGUCCUCUUUGACCUCAAGAGCCUUAGCGAUGUUGUCAAGCGCGUCUCGCCUGAGACUCUUAUCAUUGCCGACGGUGUCUGCAGCGUUGCUUGCGAGGAAAUUGCAUUUGAUGACUGGGGUUUGGAUGGUGUUGUUACUGCUGGUCAGAAGGCUAUUGGUUGCCCUACCGGACUGCACAUCUCCAUGUUCAGCGGCCGUGCCAUUGAUGUGGUCCACAACCGCAAGACGGAGCCCGCCACUUAUUUUGCUUCUAUGAAGAGAUGGAUUCCUAUCAUGCAAAACUAUGAGGCAAAGAAGCCUUCGUACUUCUCCACUCCUUCACCGCAGCUCAUCCACGCCCUGAACACUGCCGUCAGCCAGAUUCUGGCCCGCCCCUUGUCAGAGCGAUUCCAGAGACACAUCGAGGUCUCCAACAAGGUCAAGAAGGCUGUUGCUGACCUUGGCCUAAAGGUUGUCGCAGCCAAGCCCGAGGACCAGGCUCAUGCCAUGACUGCCAUUUAUCUGCCAGAUGGUGUCAGCAUUCCCGAUGUCCUGCCCAAGCUGUUGAAUAAAGGCAUCAUCUUCGCCGGUGGGCUGCAUAAGGAGAUUGGCACUAAGUAUAUUCGAUUUGGACACAUGGGACCCUCAGCUAUGGACCCCAAGCGAAACGAUAUUGACAAUGCCCUCAAGGCUCUGAAGGAGUCUUUGGCCGAGUCUGGCUACAAGGCAUAA